AUGAUUGAUCUUGAAGCACUUGGUUUGAGGGUAAAAUCUCAUCCAAAUAAGGUAAAAGCAAGCGAGCCGAAGCUGCACGGAAACCCUAAUAAGUUAUCCUACGAACCAGGAUCGCAGUCUGGGAUUUUUCCGAAAAUUGGGAAGUUUUCGAGCUUGGUUACUCCGUAUAAUAAUGAAACGCCAUCGUUUCGGUUCAGUACGUUAUUUAAUGGGCAAGGACAGUGGCAGCAGCAAAAGAUUGAGGAAAUCACGGAAGGAUUGCUUGAUCAUACGAUGCAAGUUGAGCUUUCAAAAUUGCAUGGUAAGCCGGAGAGUGGAUUUGGACCGUUGGAUUGGCAAGACAGUGUAGAUCAACAGCUGUUUGAUCUUCCUAACGAGGUUGACCAAACGUAUUGGAGUCAAAGUCAAUGGAUUGAUCAAGAUCAUCCCACCCACUAUCUACGAGAAGUUUAUAUCCUGAGAGUGGCCUCCCCUCCGGCGUCAGCCAUGAGCAUAGGGAUCAACUUUUCUGGGGGUCUGCCAGAAUACUGA